AUGUCAAGCAUAACAACAGUGAUCAGACACUCCGGUUUUUGGAAUGAACAGAAUUGCUUUGUUAAUUACAAACUAGACGCAGUUGUCUUCAAAGAUUAUUGUUCAUACGGUGAUUUGGUUGAAACUAUAGCAAUUCAGUUAGGUGUUGAUAUUAGCAGGAAACCGAUAUCAAUAAAAUAUGCUGUUGAAGGAGACAAUAUGCCAAUGGAAAUACGCAACAAUAUGGGAGUAAGGGUGUAUGUUGAGCUUAAGAGAGAAAACAGGGGAUUUGAAGCAUAUCCGUUGUGCGUUAGCAUAACUGAUAAUGAUCUUGAGAAUUUUGUGUCCGGCGAAUCUGCAGUUGGAGACGAUAUGUUUCAACUUGAAUUUAAUGAUUAUAUGUAUGCUACGGACGUAGUUGAUUCAUAUGAUUUGGAUGCGUCGGAUUGUGCUAAGGCUGUUGUUUUAUUUGAAAACAACGAUGACUUGAUUAUUUCGAACAAGGAACAUAAGGAUGUUUUUGUUGAUCAAAUCUACAAAGAUAAGGACACUCUGAAGAAUGUUAUGGCGAAUUAUGCAAUUCGCAAAAGAUUCAAUUUCAGGACAGAGAGGUCGAAUGCCAUAAGUUACACUCUGGUAUGUUGUUCAACUGAUUGUCAUUGGAAAUUCAGAGCUUCAAGUAUUGCGAACUCUGAAAUGUUCAGAGUGAGAUCUUUUCAUGACGAACAUACUUGUCCAUUGAAGGACAAAGUGUAUUCCCAAAGGCAAGCAACAAGUUGGUUGAUUGGUGUGUCAGUUGUUAAGCCAAAAAUAGCAAAUCACAAGAGGAAAUAUACACCUGGUGAUAUAGUAGACGGCGUAAAAAAUGAGUAUGGCGUUGAUGUUUCUUAUAUGACAGCCUGGAAGGCUAGAGAAAAGGCAAUGAAUGAAUUAAGAGGGGAACCAACAGAAUCAUACAAGAAGUUACCGGGAUAUGUGUACAUAUUGGAUAAAACAUACCCUGGAUCACAUGUGAGAAUGCACAAAUCACAACAAAACGAGUUCUUGUAUUUGUUUAUAGCACUUAAAGCGUUCAUAAAAGGCUUCGAGUGUUGUAGACCAAUAGUUGUAGUAGAUGAUUCCCAUCUUAAAACUACAUAUAACAGUACUUUUGUAUCAGCCAGCACGUUGGAUGGUGCAGGUAAUAUUCUACCAUUGGCAUAUGGUGUGAUAGAUUCAGAGAACGAUAAGUCUUGGACCUGGUUCUUUGAGCAGUUCAAACAAGCUUAUGGGAAUAGGGAUAACAUGUGUGUUGUAUCAGACAGACAUGAGAGCAUCAUUAAGGCGGUGAGUAGAGUGUAUCCAAUUGUGCCACAUUUGGCGUGCAUAUGGCAUUUAUGGAAAAAUGUGAUCACGAAAUACAAGUCGAAUGGUGAAGUAUUGAGUCUUGUAUUCUAUGCACUUGCAAAAGCAUACACACGGGCUGAGUUUGAUAAGAUGAUUAAGAAGAUUGAGAAGGUUGAUUUUCGGGUAAAAGAGUACUUGGAGGAUGCAGGAAGGGAAAAGUGGGCUCGACUGUAUUCACCCGUUAACAGAGGAUGGACAAUGACCUCAAAUAUAGCCGAAUGUAUUAAUGGAAAAUUGGUUGAACCAUCAACUGAAUAUGUGUAUACCGUAAAUGAUGAGGCAAGGCGAUUCAUAAUUGAUCUUAAAAAGAAAACAUGUAGUUGUCGGAUGUUCCAAAUGGAUGAGAUACCAUGUCCACAUGCAUGGGUUGUAUUGAAGAGUAAAAGUCUUAUGCCUGAUGAAUAUUGCUCAGACCUAUUCAAACCAAAGACAGUGAUUAAGACGUAUGAUGUGCCUGUGGAUUCUCUGCCUGACGAGAGUGAGUGGAAUAUUCCCAAACACAUAUGCGAUGAAGUUGUUUUGCCACCAAGAUACAAGAGACCCCCGUGA